AUAUUUAGACUAAUCAAUGAAUGUUGAAAGUCACAAUCUGUCUUCAUCUGUCAUUGUUUUUAAACGUGUAUGCUAUUCCACCAGCAUUAUAGCGUUAUAAAUCGAGGCACUGGAUUACUUGUCUUGGAAGAUUCAUGUGAUUGGACAAGCUCAAUGUCACAUAUUUCCACCCUUCGUUACGUUAUGGGUAUGUCGCGUGCGCGAGCGCGGUGUUGGCGCUGCCCGGUUUGUGUAUUUCAUUUCACUAUGGCGGCGUUCAAUUGCGGAGGAGGACAAGUUGCUUCGAAUUGCCUCCAGUUUAAUUGGACUCGGCAUUAACCUACAGACUCCAUCGUCAUUCCAAUUUAGUCUGAAUGUCAAGGUAUCACAAAAAAACAAUGGCUUAACGUGGAAUCUUAUCAACGGAACGGAACUGGUCCUGUGUCUGCGGCAGCUGUAGGACUUUGCUUUCUGUGACCACUUAAGCUAUUUAGCUAGCUAUCCAGCUAGCUGAUAAAAUCCCGGAUUUGUGUUUAUUUUUGUUAAACAAGUUGGCAACUAUUUUUCUUGGCGACUAACACCACUCCCUCCGACGCCGAAGACUCACGGAUUUUCAGAAAAUCCUUUUUUUGUCUCAGUUGGGCAAUAUUGUUGAUUUGCUAGUUUACAUUAGCUACGUCAACUAACGUUUGCUAGCUAAUAUACGGAUAAGAGACCAACUUGGGCAGCUACUUUUAGAAAUAGCAAGCCACAAAUGAUAUUACAUGUUGAGCGAGAUACAACUUUUUUGGGCACAUCACAGAUAAGUCAGACUCCGAACCUGAUUCGCGGAUGAACAUUUUUGCCCGUCAGACGUCAGCAAAUAAACUGGAAAGUGUGCUUCUGUUGUGGGGAGGGGUAGCUAGCUAGGCAGGAAUGCUAGAUAGCCAGUUUGCGAAUUAGCUAACGCUAACGUUUAAGGCAUACAAGAUUUUUGCAGAAUGUGUGCUUGAACUUCCAUCACAGUGCAACUUAUACUAGCAGUUAAGUGUCUGACAGGUGAGAUCAAGUGUAAAAGACAUAGCUGAAUGUUAGGUGUUUGCUGUGAAUGUAACCACGGUAAUUUGUGUUAUUUUGAAGACUUGCUCAAAUCCUUCUAGUUCUACAACGAAAGGUAACGUUAACGUCAAAACCAAGGAAGGCGAAGGAUUUGCUAGCAGUUUGCUCUCAAGGUGGCCACGGAUGGCUAGAUAUUAUGAACUCUAGGAUUUUAUAACGGUACGGACUAGAUUACAAAUACAUGGAUUAACGUGAUUGCUUCUAGACAAUCUGACACUUGUUUCGAAUAAUCGAUCUGAGCGUUUUCCUCGAGGAACGUAUCCGCGUUGGUCGCCUGUUCACCGUAGGUAGUCCCAAAAGCUUAUAUUCACCGUUUAGCUUGUUAGCUACUAGCAUAGUACAUUCAACAUGAGCUACCUCUGAGUUCAGAGGCUGCAGGUCUGGCCUAAAGCCGCUUCUUAAGAGGUACUUUUUAUGGAUUUUGACAGCUAUAUUUAAAGUGGAGUAUUGGUUUUCCUUACACGAUGGAGGUCUUUGGAGACAGUACAUUUACUUAUACAUGAUAAUUGAGUUAUUGUUUUAGUUAUGUAGGCAAUUGGGUAUAACGUCAACUCAUUGAUGAGUUUUCCCCCUCGAUUGACAAAAUAUAUUGGUGAAUGCAUUGUCGAGGCGAAUAUAUUGUAUAGCUAACCUUAUUCCAGUUUAGUUAGGGGCUAGAAAGUCAGUCAUUCUGGAUCAAGAAACCUUGUCUUUCGUACCUGGUUGGAGUAAUACUCCCAAGCCAUCAUCAAUGCCUUCAGCGCUGGCAGUUUUUACCUGCCGCCCGAAUUCACACCCUUUUCAGGAACGUCAUGUCUACCUGGACGAGCCAGUCAAGAUUGGGCGGUCUGUGGCUCGCUGUCGUCCUGCUCAGAACAACGCAACGUUUGAUUGCAAGGUGUUGUCCAGGAAUCAUGCACUCGUUUGGUUCGAUCACAAAACGGGCAAGUUUUAUCUCCAGGACACCAAGAGCAGCAAUGGCACCUUCAUCAACAGUCAGCGCCUGAGCCGAGGCUCUGAAGAGAGCCCCCCCUGUGAAGUCUUGUCUGGUGACAUCAUUCAAUUUGGUGUGGAUGUGACUGAGAAUACGCGUAAAGUUACCCAUGGUUGCAUUGUGUCCACUAUCAAGCUGUUUCUACCUGAUGGCAUGGAAGCUCGGCGACGAUCAGAUGUGAUUCAAGCACCAUUACCACUACCUAUUGAUAAGGUUGCUGCAAACACACCCAGUAUGUACUCUCAGGAACUGUUCCAGCUGUCACAGUAUCUGCAGGAGGCCUUGCAUAGGGAGCAGAUGCUUGAGCAGAAACUGGCAACUCUGCAGAGGCUGCUGGCCAGCACACAGGAGGCCUCGGAGAGCAGCUGGCAGGCUUUAAUUGAUGAGGACCGACUGCUUUCUCGUCUGGAGGUGAUGGGAAACCAGCUGCAAGCUUACUCUAAAAACCAAACAGAAGACAGCAUCCGGAAGGAGUUGGUAAACUUACAGGAUGACAAAUUCAAUUAUGAGACUACAGCCAAAGAGUCCCUGAGGCGGGUACUUCAGGAGAAAAUUGAGGUGGUCAGAAAGCUGUCAGAGGUGGAGCGGAGUCUAAGUAACACAGAGGACGAGUGCACACACCUGAAGGAGAUGAAUGAACGCACUCAGGAGGAGCUCCAGGAGUUGGCCAACAAGUACAAUGGCGCAGUAAACGAGAUCAAAGACCUAACUGACAAGAUCAAGCUGGCUGAGAGCCGCCAAGAGGAGCUGACUCAGAAGGGGCAGAAUGAGAAGAAGGAACUGCAGAUGCGCAUAGAGGAGAUGGAGGAGAAGGAGCAGGCCCUGCAGGCUCGCAUAGAGGCCCUACAGGCGGACAAUGACUUCACAAACGAGAGACUCGCAGCACUGCAAGUCAGGUUAGAGCAACUGCAGGAGAAAAGCAUAAAGGAAAACAACAGUUUAGGUAGCCCACAAGGGGACUGCCUCCACAGUCUUGAUCUCACUACAGAGGAAGACCACUUUCUUUUAAAGAGUGGAGGGGACUGCACUUUAAUCCAUCAAUUCAUUGAGUGCGAGCCUGUGAAGCAGUUGAAAGAGGCGGUGGAUUCCUCAAUACACAAGUUGUCCAACUUUGAUGAAGUCAUAGAUGCUCAUCUCCAGAACAACCAGACAGCGGGUGACAACAGCCUGGCCAGUCCAGAGAGACUGAAAGAAAAUCAAAUCGAUGCUAAAGAGUCCGAUAUGUCAGACACACUCAGCCCCAGCAAGGACCGAAGCAGUGACGAUACUUCAGACGGACAAAUGGAUGAACAGGAAAUGAGUGAGCCCCAGAACAGGGUGACACUUCUCAAAGAUGAACUGCAGAGGGCAAACCUAGAGCCUGGUGACACAGAGGAGGUGAUCCACCACCUGCACAGAGAGCUACUGGAGGCCCAGGAGUUGGCCAACACUGGCAAACAGAAAUGCUUGGAGCUGCAAGCUUUGUUAGAGGAGGAGAGGAGGACCAACCGCCAGCAGACCGAGGAGUCUGCCAAACAGAUCCAAUUCCUACAAACUCAGCUGCAGAAGCUGCAGGCUGACAUGGAGACUCUAAGGGAACAGAGGGAGAACACCAUCAGCAGCACUCGUGAAGAGCUCUGCAACGCCCAGGAAGAGGUCAUCUUGCUCCGCCAGGCUAUGGAUGACACCACCUGUGAGCGCGAGCGUGAGAUCGCUUCCCUUCAGGCUGACCUCAGCAGUGUUACCACUGAACUGGACAAAUGGAAGCAGGCUGCCACCAAAUACGAGGUGGAGAUCAGCACUCUGCAGGCCAGCUUCCAGCAGCAGAGUCAGCACCAGGCGAAAGCAGCCCGGCUGCAAGGUGAGCUGGAGAAGCUGCAGCAGGAGUGUGGCAGCUUGCAGAAAGAAUGUGAGGGUCUGCGCUCAGAGAAGGUCUCUCUGCUGGAGAAGCUUAAUCGGCUGGAAGUGGAACUGGACAGCUCAAGGGAGGAGAGUGCUACACUCAGCAGCAGUCUGAAUGCUCUGGAGAAAUCCCAGGGAGACUUGCAGAGCCGGCUGGGAUCUAUGCAGGAUCAGCACCUGCAGGAUGCCAGCAUGCUCCAGAGCCAGCUCGCCCAGGCCGACAGUCGUACCAAAUGCCUGCAGAUAGAGUAUGAGGAGACUCAGACGCAGCUGUCAGACCUGAGGCGGCGCUAUGAGAGGACCGAACAGGAGAAGUCCUCCAUCAACGCUGAGCUGGAGCAGUGUAAGGUCAACCUCAAGCUGCUGCAGGAGAAGGGAAAGAAUCCAUCCAUAUCGCAGCCCGCCCAAGCCAUUUUCAUCGGCCUUAUCCUGGCUUUGCUGUACUGGUGCUACGGCCAGUUGUGGUAGAAAGAGCGGCUGGAUGCCAUGGAUGCCGGUUGUUGCUGUGAUGGUUGCUGUGACAGCGGCAGUUCUUUACCCCGGCCUGUCAAAGAGCACCUCCUGAGAGUGUGGCUCUCCACGUUUACCCUUCCUUCAAGAUGCGCACACACACACACACACACACACACACACACACACCACAACAUCCUACAUACUCCAUCUCCAUCUGGACACUUCAGUCUCACCUCACACAAGGACAAAUGCAUCUUAACCCCUCCCUGGGUCGUUUUCUGUUUUGAGGCCCUCUAAGGACCCUUAGUGCAACUGUAUAAAAUGUAACUGUAAAUAUAUAUAGAUUAAGAGGGAAUAAAAGUUGUUACUUCUACUAUAGAGAAAAGCUAUAUCUGCUGUUUUUUUCCCUUUUCAUCCUGUUUGUUUUUUUGUCAUAGGUGAGAAUGUUAACUUUACAAUGGCCUAAAGUAGGCUUUUUUCUUGGUGGGUACCAAACUCUUGGCAAGUUAUAGUUUCCUUUUUAUUAUUUUAUUUUGUUUCUGUGGUUUGCCAUGUUGGAAUUUGAUGUGGUAUUCCAAAUAGAUGUAAAAGCCAAAUCUAAAUCUUAACAUCUGGGCACAAAGGGUGAAGUGCCUAAUGUAUCUACUACAGAGCUAGAUAUGUGUGUCUGUGUGUGUGUGUGUGUGUGUGUGUGUGUGUGUGUGUGUGUGUGUGUGUGUGUGUGCGCGCACUUAAUUUAACACAUGCUACUUGUCAUCCAAGUGCCACACAGACUUGUGCAGUAUCAGUGAAUUAGUAUGGUGAGACAGGAGGAGGAAGCAAUGUUCUAAACUCACAACAUGAAUCCCUCUGUGCUCUAAAUGUCUGUUCCAAUCAUCAUGCUUGUAGCACAAGUAUGUCUGUGUACUCUAGCAUUGUUUAUUUGUAUUGUGUGAGCAACAAAUGUUCCUGUCAAAGACACUACAAAAAUGUAGGUAAUUUGAAAUUAAAAUGUUCCUUGAUA